GGCACUUUGCUGCUCCAAGGAAGAUGGCACAGACAGGCCAAGCAAGCAGCCGAGCUGAGGAUGGCAGUGAACCGGGACAUUUCGAAUUGGCUGCCCUGCUGCUAUCUGAUUAGCUAUUAUUUUUACCCGGCAGCGAUCGCGAUGCUGCAGCAGCACAACCUGAAGAAGACUCGCCAGGUGCUGUCGGAAAUCAUGAUGCGUAUUUGAUGACUGGCUUCCUUCUUUUCCCCAACCUCUGGCGGCCCUUCCCCCCCUUCUGCUGUCGUCUCUCCCCUUGCGGUCCCGUCAGACCUCAUCAGGCCGAGCUCGAUCAUGGACUACGAGAAACCCGAAGCCGUCCACCCACAAAUCUUUCCCCACACCGGCCAGCAGAGUCCCCAGCCCGAUGGCGAGGCUACGCUGCACAACUUUGACGAAUCGUCUCCCGACGACCGGCGCGAGUUCCGUGGAGACAGCUUAUGGCGAGUGUUGCAUGAGCGGCACAUCAAUAUGAUUGCAUUUUCGGGCACAAUUGGAAAUGGCUUGUUUCUCGGUUGCGGCAGAUCGCUCGCCAGCGCCGGGCCGGGCGGUGCUGUGGUGUGCUAUGUGUUGAUGGGGAUAGUCAUAUCGUCCGUUAUCAGCUGCUUGGGCGAGAUGACCGCCCUAAUGCCCGUCAACGCCCCUGUCAUGGAAUUCUCACGUCGCUUCGUCGGCCGCGGCGUCGGAUUCGCCGUUGGCUGGGUCUACUGGUUUGCGUACUGCGUCCUCGCUGGCGAGCAGCUGGUUGCUGUGUCGAACGCCAUCAAGUUCCGCUACGAAGACGGGACGACGUCACUGGGUUGGGAAACGGGUGAAAGUGUCGACAAUGCUGUGUGGAUCACUGUCUUCCUGAUCAUUGUGGUCUUGGUCAACAUGCUCCCCGUCCGGGUCUUUGGAGAGCUCGAGUACGUGUUCGGUUGCUUCAAGCUGAUGUUCAUCACGAUGCUCAUCAUGCUUAUGUUCUUCUUGUCUAUUAUCCAACCCCGUGCCGACGCAUACUAUUCCGAGCCGCCUGGAACCCGCUAUUGGAACACUCCAUACUCGUUCUUCAACCAGGCCUAUAGUUCCAAAGACGAGAAUAACGAAGUAAAACAUGUUAUUGAGGGCUCGCUUGGAACGCUACUUGGCAUCUGGACGACAUUCACCAGCGUGAUGUUCUCCUACGUGGGGAUGGAUAUUGUCGCCGCGACGGCAGCCGAGAGCCGGGCACUUGCCGACGUGGAGGCCAUGAAGAUGGCAGCCCGGAAGAUCAAUCUGCGCAUUGUCACGCUCUACUCUCUUGCCGUCCUCACAGCGUCCUUCGUCGUUCCCAUGGACCACCCCUUCAUCAACGGCCAUGCAACUUCAGUCAGCGCGCGCUCCGUCUUCAUCAUUGCUGUCGUCGAGGCCGGCAUGCCCAAGCUCGCCCACUUCUUCAAUGCUGUCUUUGUCUUUUCGGCCGCCACCUGUGCCGUCAAUUCCAUGUACAUCGCUACUCGCGUCCUGCACACGCUCGCCCUGCGGGGACAGACGGGCCCCGAGUUUAUCACGAGGCGCUUGCGGCAAUGUCGCUCCGGCGUGCCGGUACGGUCCGUCCUGGCCACGGGGCUUAUCAUGAUGGUGGCAUAUAUGGGACGCUACGGUGCAGUUGGUGCGAGACUGGACGAACUUGCAAACAACUGUACAGUGUCAUGCCUUGUCGUCUACGCCACCAUCUGUGCGACAUAUCUCUUCUUCUCCAGAACGCUCGAAGAUGCCAAACUAUACGGAAAUGCCUCCGAAUCCCAAGCUGCAAGCUACGACCGGGACAACCCGCUGUAUCCCUACAAGUCCCAUGGCCAGUGGCUAAAAGCAUGCUUCGGUCUGGUGGCUUGCGUCAUCCUGAUCCUCUUUAACGGUGUCGGGGCGUUUAUCGACCCUUUCAAUGUGCGCAAGUUCGUAUCCGCAUACAUCAGCCUACCCGUUUUCUUGCUGCUCAUCCUGGGCUACAACCUUCGUAAGCACAGAUUACGCUUCUCCGACUGGUGGGCCGACAAGUCGGGCGACUUGAGCAACACUGUGCAGGCAACGAGCCUGAAGCGGAAGGGAAGGCUCGAGUUCCCAGAGCACGGGAUUACGAGGGAAAAUUGGCUGACCUUUGUUGAGUGGGUUUGGGUGUGGUUGAAGUAGGGGCAUUCUUUACUGCAAUAUUGUAUCUGUUUUUCUAGUUGCUUCCUGGCGCCACCUGUCAUGAUACCCGUUUCGUUGUAGCUAGGUACCCAGCUCUCUUUUCCAAGUAUGUGCCUUAUAACUGUGCUCCUGGCCUGCAGAUCAGCAUACGACCCGGGACCGGCAAGCUGCGCGCCUCCGCCACCAUUGAUCGGACACCACUCGCAUCUGCCGCGUCCCGUGUGUAGAAAGGCAGUGUCUGGCGGCGUCCCGACGGCCUUGCAACGCGGGAAUGAUAUAAUCCUAAGCCUGGAUAGCUGGUAUAGGGUGUAUGUACAGGCAGCUCACUCGGUAUGACUUCAACUGAGGGCUGGCUAAAGUUAUAUCAUGUCCUGUUACAGCUCUCCGGCCGGUGUUCUGGCC